GUGAUUUUAACCUUAAGUUUAAUAAUAUUACUGUUUAAAACUGUUGUUUACUACAGUGCGCUAGUCAAUACAAAGCAUGCAAAUACUUUGCGGAACAAAUCACUUACAUUUUCAAACGGAACCGAGUAUCAGCUCGCAUGUGAGCUUUCCGAGCCGAGAGCGCUCGAUGCCAUUGGGCGUAUCAGUAGUGAUGAGUGUAAAAUUAAGCUAGCUGAUGCAGCUUGCAAAAAUGUACUGGGCAAACUGACGCCUCGUGAGAUAGUGAGUCAGUGUCCGCGCGGUAGUUAUGUCCCGUACCGAAUGGUGGGAUGCUUUCCUCGGAGGAACCUUACACACGAUACGCUUUCUAGAAUCUUUGCACACAGCACGCCUAAUACUUGUGUCAAUUUUUGUCUGCAACGUGAAUUUCGCUACGCCAUCGUUCAAAAUGGAAAAACAUGCUCUUGUUGCGAUGAUGCACCAAAUCAGGAGGAAAGACUUAACGAUCGUAUGUGCAACGCACCGUGCAGUGGAAAUUCGGACCAGUUUUGUGGAGGGAAAAUGACGUCCUCGGUGUACGAAACGGGACUGACGAAGCGUCCGCAACAACCAUUAAAACUCUAUCCAAGCCCAAAGGAUAAACCCGUCCGUAUUGCAUUCCUGUUGAUGUUCCACAAACGCAAUCUGCGACAAAUUCGCCGACUACUGCGAGCUAUUUACGAUCGCAAUCACUAUUACUAUAUCCACAUUGAUCCGAAACAACACUAUCUCUUCCGUGAGCUUUUAAAGCUGGAGAAGGAUUUUCCCAACAUACACGUAUCCCGCCAGCGUCACACCAUCACCUGGGGCUGCUUCACUCAACUGCAAGCCUUGUUAUCCGCUAUGAAGCACCUGCUCAGCCUGCCCUCGUGGAAUCCUGACUUUAUUCUUAACAUGAGCGAAAGUGACUUUCCUAUCAAAACGAUUACCAAGCUAACACAACUCCUGACCGCCAAUCGGGGACGAAACUUCGUCCUAAUGCAGAGAAUGGUAACGGUGGACGAGUUUAUCAGCAGGGCAGGUUACGAUAAGCAGUUUGUUGAGUGUGAAAAUCGAAUGUGGCUGAUCGGUGAUCGUGCCCCGCCGAGCGGUAUUGUGACGAAUGGUAGCAAUGAUUGGUUUUGUCUAUCCAGUGACUUUGUACGCUACUUUUUGGAUACAAGCCAUGACCUGGUGGCGAAAAUGAUGGCCAUCAUGGAGCAUACGGUACACAGCACGGAAAGCUUUUUCGGCCAAAUGCUACAAAACUCUCCCUUCUGUGAAACGCACUACGACAGCACCUUGCGGCUUAUUAGUUGGAACACGAGCAAGUGA